AUGGCCGCAAUAAAACAGACAUUUACCAUCGUUGACUACAUUGUUUUUUCGCUAACAGUGCUGGCUUCGGUAGCUAUUGGAAUAUACUUUGCUAUAGCUGGACGAAAAAAGAAUACAACUUUAAACUACUUCCAUGGAGACCGGAAGUUGAAAUAUGGACCGGUAGCGUUAUCCCUCGUAGUGACAUUUCAGUCCUCCAUAAUGCUUCUUGGAUUUCCGGCGGAAGUGUACUUAUUCGGAUACAUGAUUUGUUUGUUUAAUGUGGGGCAGUGUGCGGCAAUCUACGUCGCCACUAGAAUAGUUGUUCCUCUCAUGUACCCAUUGAAAAUAACCAGUGUUUAUCACUAUCUACAACUAAGGUAUGGCAACAACAGUGUUAGAAUACUUAGUGUAACUAUAGGGAUCAUAUCCCAGAGUAUAUAUAUGGGGAUCGUACUGCUAGGACCCGCAAUAGCUCUCCAGUCGGUGACGAAAGUGCCCGUAUGGGCUUCCAUCAUAGGUAUUGCCGCUGCAGCAGUUAUCUACACGUCAAUCGGAGGAAUUCUCGCCGUUAUAUGGACUGAUGUUUUGCAAUGUGUAAUAAUAAUUGUGGGAAUCGUGUCUACGUUGAUAAAAGGUACUGUAGACACGGGCGGUGUUCAAGUUGUCUUCAAGGAGAAUAUAAAAACUGGGCGACUCGAUAUAUUCGACUUUAAUCCAAAUCCUACUGUUCGGCAUACGUUCUGGACAGUUUUGAUUGGUUCGUUUGUCGGCUCAUUUUCCUUAACGUUAAGUCAGUCAACUAUACAAAGAUUUAACUCGACUCCUACCAUCGGAGAUGCUAAGAAGGUCAUGUAUAUUGCGGGACCAGUAUUUAUACUUAUGCAAACGAUGUCGAUGUCGGUGGGAUUAGUUUGUUUCGCAUAUUACACCGUGAAUGCUUGUGAUCCAAUUUCUUCCGGACGUAUUCGUAACCCUAACCAAAUCGUUCCGUACAUGAUCGCAGAAAUAUUCAGUGACUACCCAGGCCUCUCGGGCCUGUUUAUUUCGGCUUUAUUCAGUGCCUCACUUAGUACUUUGUCAUCCAUUUUAGCAGGUCUCUCUGCAGUGACUAUCGAAGAUUUUAUUCGGCCACAUUUUACUCUAUCUGACAGCAUUCUUACCGUGCUUGCUAAGAUUGUGGUAGUUGCAUUCGGUGGAAUUGGGAUCGCCGUUGCCUUUACACUCAGCCAGCUUGAGGGAUCUCUGACCCAGAUUUUGUUCAGCAUUAUGGGAGCUGCGACAGGACCUUUGGUUGGUAUCUUCUUUCUGUCUAUGUUCUUCCGAAAGGCUACAGACAAAGGGGCAAUCAUUGGCGGGGUAGCCGGGAUUGUGUUUACAUUCUGGAUAUGUAUUGGAUCAACUGUAUCACGUGACAUACCACGUACCAAACCGUUACCACUUCCACCAACUGUCUCGUGUAUUGGUAAUACUUCAAGAAUUACGAACACAAGUCUUCCGUUAAAUAAUGUAACGUUGGAUCUAACGACAAGAUAUUCUGCUAAUAUCACUGACUUCUCGACAAAACCGGAAGUGAUCUCAAAUUUAACAACGGCAACCGGGUAUAACGUCAGUCAAGACAAAAGUGUGAAAGGAAUAGGGAAGCUUUAUACCCUGUCCUAUGCUUUAUUUUCUACAGUUGGAACAUUAUUUACACUUUUUGUAGGAAUUUGUGCGAGUUUAAUUACAUAUAAAAACGAAAGGGACAAGCCUGAUCCAAAAUAUAUGUUGCCACUGUUUGCAAAUAUAUGCUGUUGCUUUGCAAAACUUACUCGUGGCAUUCAAACGAAAGAUUCGGAAAGUAAAACAACUGAUGAAAAAGUCAGAAAAUCGCUUCUUUGA